GCAGAGUCUGUGGAAACUCUUCCCACUUGGAAGGAGACUCGCAGACGCGUCGGGAACCCAGAGAACCCACGGAGAUCCUGGACUCCAGCACCGGACCACCUCACGCUGGCCUGGCUGCUACAGGCGCGUUAACUGUUUAAUUCUCGUUUUCCAGAACAAAUCCCAGCUUUUCCUGCACAGCUCUUCGCCUGCACAGCUGAGGCAGAGGAGUUGAAGAUGAAGAGCAGGCUGUCUCUGGCAGCUGCGGCCCGCCUGGCCCUGCUGCUGCUGCUGCUGUCCUCCUCCCAGGCCCAGGACCAAGUGGACGCCCCGUCCGGGUUAAGGUUUAAGAUUCUAGAUGAAAACACGGUGCAGAUGACCUGGAGCCGGUCACAGAGCAGGAUCCAGGGCUACAGGAUACAAGUGACCGCAGCCUCAGGGGAACAGGAGAAAAUCAUUUCUCUGCCUGCGUCUGCGACUAAGACCUCCAUCUCCGACCUGAGUCCAGAUGUGGAUUAUGAGGUCACGAUAGUGGCGUAUGCAGGAUCCGAGGAGAGUCUGCCCAUCUCUGGCCAGAUCACAAUUGAGUCGAGCAGUAGCUCCAGAGGAGGGCCCAAGAAACCCGUUUCCCCAGAAUCAGUCAGGUGCCCAGCCACUGCUGUUGCCGACGUGCUUUUUCUGGUUGAUGGUUCCUCCAGCGUUGGCAGGCCAAACUUUAAGUACAUCCGCAGCUUCAUCGCUGCCACAGCCGGAGCCUUCCAGAUCGGCCAGGAGAGAACGCGUGUGGGCGUGGUCCAGUACGGCGACAGUCCUCGAACCGAGUUCAACCUGAACAGACACCUGAGCCGACCCGCUCUGAUGAAGGCCAUCGCAGCGCUGCCCCACAGAGGAGGCAACAGCAGGACAGGCGACGCUCUGAAGCACCUCCUGACAAACAGCCUGACCGAGGCGGCCGGGUCCAGGAGAGGCUUCCCCAAAGUGCUGGUGGUCAUCACAGACAGCCAAUCAGACGACCCCGUGGAGCGAUAUGCCCAGCAGCUCAGGAGCAGAGGCGUGGAGAUCUUCGUCAUCGGUGUGGGCCUCGCUGAUCAGGCGGAGAUGGAGGUCAUGGCCUCGGCGCCGUCCAAUCAGCACGUCUACAGCGUGGCCGGCUUUGACGCCAUCAGCGGCGUGCAGAGAGAUCUGGUCACGCGGAUCUGCUCCAGCGUGGAGGAGCAGCUCAGCUCGCUGGUCAGCGGAGAAGAAGCCGUGGAUCCAGCCUCCAACCUCAGAGUCCUGGAGGUGGCCUCUAAGUCCAUGAGGGUCACCUGGGAUGCAUCUCCUGGAGACAUUUCAGGCUACAGGGUCCAGAUGAUUCCCAUGCUGGCCGGCAGCAAGCAGCAGGACCUUUAUGUGGCGGCGACCCAGACGUCGGUGGUGGUCAGAGACCUUUCUCCUGACGUACAGUACCAAGUCAACGUCUUCGCCAUGAAGGAGCUGAUGUCCAGCGAGGCCGUGACGGUCAUGCAGAGGACAGAGCCCCUGAAAGUCUCACUGGAAUGCUCUCUCGGCAUGGACGUGCAGGCGGAUGUGGUGCUCCUGGUCGAUGGAUCCUACAGCAUCGGCGUCAAAAACUUUGAAAAAGUAAAAGCUUUCCUUGAAGUUCUGGUGAAGACCUUUGACGUGGGACCAGACAAGGUCCAGAUUGGCUUAGUGCAGUACAGCAGAGACGCGUUCACAGAGUUCUACCUGAACACCCACCAAGACGUGCAGGCCGUGGUGGAGGCCGUCAGGUCUUUCCCGUACCGCGGUGGCUCCACCAACACCGGAAAGGCCAUGGCCUACGUCAGGGAGAAGAUCUUCAAGACCAACAGAGGAGCGCGAGCCAACGUUCCUCGUGUCACCAUCCUCAUCACGGACGGCAAGUCGUCCGACGCCUUCAAGGAUUCGGCCGCCAGGCUGAGGAACGCCGACGUGGAGAUCUUCGCCGUGGGCGUUAAAGAGGCCGUGCGGAGCGAGCUUGAAGCUAUCGCCAACGCGCCUGCUGAGACUCACGUCUACACCGUGGAGGACUUUGAUGCCUUCCAGAGGAUCUCCAAGGAGCUGACGCAGGCCAUCUGCCUGAGGAUCGAGCAGGAGCUGCGCAGCAUCUACCAGAGGCAACUGACCCAGCCCGGAGCGCUGACCUUCUCCGACGUCGGCUCCAGAAGCUUGCGGGCCUCCUGGGAGAUGGACGCCGACGACGUGGAGUUCUUCAUGGUCCAGUUCAAGCCGGAGGAGGACGCAGACGGACAUUACGUGUCCAUGUCUGUUCCCGGGAGCAGCCGCACCGCCCUGCUGCCCCACCUCCGACCUUUGACCCGCUACGAGGUCAAGGUGUCCGCCCAGUACGCCAAGGGAGACAGCCUCCCUGUGACCGGCUACGAGACCACUGUGGAAGAGGCCGGCCCUCCUAAAGACCUGGUCACCAGUGAUGUAAGCGACUCCAGCUUCAGGGCGUCCUGGACGGCGGCGCCUGGCAACGUGCAGGCCUAUAAAGUUCACUGGAAGUCUUUGUUUUCUGAGGAGCGCGGAGAGAAGACGGUCCCAGGAGACGUAACGUCCACCGUCCUGGAAGGCCUGACUCCAGAGACGCGGUACCAGGUGUCUGUGCUCGCCUCCUACGCUCACAAAGACAGCGACCCCCUCACUGGACUGGAGACCACUGAUGCCUCUCCAGCUGCCAGAAGUCUGACGGUGUCCGAGGAGACGGAGCGCACCAUGAAGGUGUCGUGGACGGCGUCUCCAGGAGACGUGGUGAGCUACCGUCUGAGGUACGUCCCCUCUGACGGAGGCAAGGAGGUGGUGCAGAAGAUCCCAGGAGGCUCCACCUCCACGGUCCUGAAGCGCCUGCAGCCCCUCACCUCCUACCGCAUCGCCGUGGUGACCGUCUACAAGCGGGGGGAAGGAAAAGCAAGGCAAGGAGUAGGAACGACACUGCCCAUUUAUAAGGCUCCCAGGAACCUGCAAACCUCAGAGCCCACCAAGACCAGCUUCAGGGUGUCCUGGGAUCCUGCUCCUGGAGAGGUCCGGGGCUACAAGGUGACCUUCCACCCCACAGAGAACGACGUGGACCCGCGGGUUCUCCGGGUCGGUCCCUAUGACAACACAGUGGUUCUGGAGGAGCUCAGGGCAGGAACAAAGUACUCUGUUGCGGUCUUUGGGAUGUUUGACGGAGGCCUGAGCUUGCCUCUGGCUGGAGAGGAGAAGACGACCCUAAUGGACGAUCCUGAGCCUCCACCUCUGGAUCCUUCUGACGCUCAGUGCAAGACUUCAGCCAAGGCCGACAUCGUGCUGCUGGUCGACGGCUCCUGGAGUAUCGGACGCAUCAACUUCAAAACCAUCCGCAACUUCAUCGCUCGCAUGGUCGGGGUGUUCAACAUCGGCCCCAACAACGUGCAGAUUGCUUUGGCUCAGUACAGCGGAGACCCGAGGACCGAAUGGCACCUGAACGCCCACCCCACCAGAGAGUCGCUGCUGAAGGCCGUCAACGACCUUCCCUACAAAGGAGGAAACACCAUGACAGGAAUGGCUCUCAAAUACAUCCUCGAUAACAACUUUCAGACGGGUGUGGGGAUGCGGCCCGAGGCCAGAAAGAUCGGAGUCCUGAUCACAGACGGAAAGUCGCAGGAUGAAAUCAUCUUCAACUCCCAGAACCUGAGGGACAGCGGCAUCGAGCUGUACGCCGUCGGCGUGAAGAACGCCGACGAGAACGAGCUGAGGUCCAUCGCUUCAGACCCGGAUGAGAUCCACAUGUACAACGUGCAGGACUUCAAGUUCAUGGUGGACAUCGUGGACGACCUCACCGUCAAUCUGUGCAACAGCGUCAAGGGUUCAGUUUCAGAUACUCAGAUGGGCCCGCCCACCAACCUGGUGACAUCAGAGGUGACCCACUACUCCUUCAGAGCCACAUGGACCCCACCAGAACUUCCCGUGGAUAUGUACCGCGUCACGUACAUGAAGGUGGCUGGAGGACCCACCCUGGAGCUGCUGGUGGACGGGGAGGUCACCACCACGGUGCUGGAAAACCUCUCCCCCCUGACGGAGUACGUGGUGAACGUCUACGCCGUGGUGGAGGAGGUCAGCAGCGAGCCUCUGAAGGGCACCGAGACCACCUUGCCGCUGCCGGCGCCGGCGAACCUGAAGGUGUUUGAUGAGACGUCCAGCAGCAUGAGGGUGAGCUGGGAGGCGGCGGCCGGAGCGACGGGCUACCUGCUGCUCUACAGAUCCAUCAACGCCUCCGAGCCUCAGCUGGAGCAGGAGGUCCGUGUGGGAGGAGACGUGACGGAGACCCAGCUGGUGGCGCUGGUACCAAACACCGAGUACGCCGUCACCCUGCUGGCUCUGCAUGGAGAGUCCACCAGCGCCGCCCUGGAGGACCGCGGAGUCACCCUACCGCUGCCCCCUGCUGGAGAGCUGAGGAUCAGCGACGUGACGCACAGCGCCAUGAAGCUCACCUGGGACGCCGCACCUGGAGCGGUCCGCAGAUACCUGGUCACCUACAAACCCGAGGAGGGAGAGUCCAAAGAGGUGGAGGUUAACGGAGACGUCACCACCCUGCAGCUGACCCAGCUCCUCUCCCAGACCGAGUACAACGUGGCCGUCACGCCCAUCUACGACGGAGGACCUGCCGACCCGAUGCUCGGAACCGCCAUCACAGACGUCGUUCCUGCUCCCAAGAACCUGCGGUUCUCCGAGGUGACCCAGACCUCCUUCAGAGCCACGUGGGAACACGCAGCUCCAGAUGUCUACCUCUACCGGCUCGCCUGGACCAAGAAGGGCGAGAACAACUUCAUGAACGAAAUUCUGACCAAUGAAGACACCUCCUACGUUCUGGAGAACCUGGACCCGGACACGGAGUACCUGGUGACGGUGACGGCCAUCUAUCCCGACGAGUCGGAGAGCGAGGACCUGAUGGGAACCGAGCGAACGCUGGCGACAGGUCGACCUGUACCGAGCGGACCGCCUCGGAACCUGAGCGUCUACAACGCCACCGUCUCCACGCUGACCGUGAAGUGGGACGCCGCUCCCGGUCCCGUCAAGAACUACAAGGUCACGUACCGGCCCAUCGCUGGAGGAGAGCCGCUCUCUCUGCAGGUCGGAGGCAAGAAGACCAACGUGAUCCUGCAGAAGCUGCAGCCGGACACGCCGUACGCCGUCACCGUGGCCGCCGUCUACCCGUCAGGAGAAAGCAGAGACAUCUCAGGAGAGGGGAAGACCAAACCUCUGGGCGGCGUGAGGAACCUGCAGGUGCUGAACCCGACCAUGACCACGCUGAACGUGCGCUGGGAGCCGGCGGAGGGCCGCGUCACCGAGUACAAAGUGCUUUAUGCUCCGGCUGCAGGAGGAGCGGAGAGCAUGGUAGGCCUGGAGAGCGUCUCAGCAGGAACCACCGCCACCAUCCUGCGGGGGCUGCAGCCCGACACCCUCUACACCGUGUCGCUGGUUCCGGUUUACGCCGAGGGAGACGGGAGGAAGCAGUCUGAGAACGGGAAGACCAGGCCUCUGGGCGGCGUGAAGAACCUGAAGGUGACCGACCCCACCAUGACGUCUCUGAACGUUAAGUGGGACCCCGCCGACGGCGCCGUUCGUCUCUACAAGGUCUUCUACGUACCGUCCAGCGGAGGACGAGAGGAGAUGGAGCAGGUUCCUGCAGGAACCACCUCCAUCGUGCUGAGGAACCUGCAGUCCGACACGCAGUACACCGUGUCUGUGGUGCCGGUGUACCCGGCCCGGGAAGGCCGGCGCCAGUCCGAGGACGGAAAGACCCUUCCUCUGAGCGGCAUCAGCGGCAUGACGGUGACCAACCCCACCAUCACCACGCUCACCGUCAACUGGAACGCUGCCGACGGCAACGUCCAGGGCUACAAGGUCAUCUACGUCCCCGUCAGCGGAGGCCUGGAGAUCGUGGAACAAGUGUCUGAGAGCACCACCUCCACCGUCCUGCAGAAACUGCUGCCAGACACCAGCUACACCAUCACCGUGGUCCCCGUGUACGCCGAGGGAGACGGGCCCAGCCUCAGAGACACCGGCAAGACCCGGCCGCUGGGGUUUGUGAGGAACCUGCAGGUGACGGACCCGACCACCAGCACCCUGAACGUGCGCUGGGAGCCGCCGGAGGGAAACGUGCGUGAAUACAUCGUGAUCUGGGAGCCGACUGCAGGAGGAGAGCAGGAUGUGGACCAGGUCCCUGGAACCAGCACCAGCACCGUCCUGAAGAACCUGGAAGCAGACACCGAGUACACCGUCACCGUGGUUCCGGUCUACCCAGAGAUGGAGGGAAUGUCCAUGUCUGAGAACGGGAAGACAAACCCUCUGGGCGGCGUGAAGAACCUGAAGGUCAUGGACCCCACCAUCAGCACGCUGACCGUGCGCUGGGACCCGGCGGUGGGCAACGUCCGCAGCUACAAGGUGUUCUACACGGCGCAGCCUGGCGGAGAAGAGAAAGUGGAGGAGGUUUCUGGAGGCACCACCACCACCAUCCUGAGGAACCUGGACGCCGACACGCUCUACAAGGUGGCCGUGGUUCCUGUCUACCCCGACGUGGAGGGGAUCCGGCAGGAGGACCAGGGAAAGACACAGCCUCUGGGCGGAGUGAGGAACCUGCAGGUGAGCGACCCGACCGUCAGCUCGCUCAGGGUCCGCUGGGAGCCGGCCGAGGGCGACGUCCGCACGUACCGAGUCAGCUACGCGCCGGCAGCCGGAGGAGCCGAGAGCACGACCCAGGUGUCCGGCCUGACCACCAACACGGUUCUGAGGGAGCUGAAGCCCGACACGCAGUACCGGGUCACCGUCACGCCCGUCUACCCGGACGUGGAGGGCAAGCCCAUGUCGGAGGACGGCAAAACCAAGGCGCUGGGCGGCGUGAAGAACCUGCAGGUGAGCGACCCGACCACCAGCUCCCUGAAGGCGCGCUGGGAGGCGGCGGAGGGCAACGUGCGCCAGUACCGCAUCUUCUACGUUCCUGCAGCCGGAGGCGCCGAGGACAUGGAGCAGGUGUCGGGCGGAACCACCUCCACGGUCCUGCGGAACCUGCUGUCGGACACGCCCUACACCGUCACCGUGGUUCCGGUCUACCCCGAAGGAGAAGGGCUGCGUCAGUCCGACAACGGGAAGACCCUUCCCCGGACCCCGCCCAGGAACCUCCAGGUGUACAACCCGACCCCCAGCAGCCUGAGCGUGCGCUGGGAGCCCGCCUCAGGUCUGGUGCAGCAGUACCGGGUGGCCUACGCGCCGCUGAGCGGAACCAAGCCCACAGAGUCGGUUCUGGUUCCAGGAACCAUCACCAACGCCUACCUGGACAACCUGAUCCCAGACACGCCCUACUCCGUCACCGUCUCCGCUCUCUACGCCGACGCCGAGGGAGCGCCAGUCAAGGGCGACGGCAAAACACUUCCCCGCGCCGGGCCCAGGAACAUGCGGGUCUACGACGCCACCACCAGCACCCUGACCAUCGCCUGGGACCACGCCGAGGGGCCCGUCCGCCAGUACCGCAUCGCCUACGCCCCCAUGACCGGAGACCCCAUCACUGAGUUUACGGUGGUUCCAGGGAACAGGAACAACGCCAUGCUGCAGAACCUGUCCCCAGACACUCCCUACAACAUCACCGUGGAGGCCGUCUACGCCGAGGGGCCCGGAGGCUCGCUCAACGGCAACGGACGCACAGUCGGCAUGCUGAGUCCCAGGAACCUGCGGAUCUCUGACGAGUGGUACACGCGGUUCCGGGUGUCCUGGGAACCGGUCUCUGCUCCGGUUCAGGGAUACAGAGUCAUCUACUCCCCUAAAGGCAAAGACCAGCCGGUGGACUUCUUCGUUGGUGACGUCACGUCCUUCACUCCCACCAACCUGGAGCCCGGAACCACCUACGACGUCAAGGUUCUGGCCCAGUACGCCACGGGCGUCAGCGCGCCGCUCCUAGGAGAGGGAACCACACUUUACCUGAACGUCACCAACAUCGAGACCUUCAACGUCGACCACCACAGCUUCUGCAUCAAGUGGAGUCCCCACCGAGCCGCCACGUCCUACCGCAUCAAGCUCAGGCCCGUGGACCCCUACAGCCAGGGUCAGCAGGAAGUCACCAUCCAGGCCGGUCUGCCUCAGUACUGCUUCGACGGACUCUCUCCAGACGCCCUGUACACGGCCACCGUCUUCGUCCAGACCCCCAACCUGGAGGGUCCGGGCGUCAGCGCUAACGAGAGAACGUUGGUGAAGCCGACUCCAGUUCCAACGAUGCCGCCCACCCCGACGCCUCCCCCCACCAUCCCCCCCGCCUGGGCAGUCUGCAAAGGCGCCAAAGCAGACGUGGUGUUCGUCAUCGACGGCUCCUGGAGCAUCGGCGAGGAGAGCUUCACCAAGGUGGUCCAGUUCGUCUCCAGCAUCAUCGCCGCCUUCGACAUCGUGGGACCGUCAGGGAUGCAGGUGUCAUUCGUGCAGUACAGCGACGGCUCCAAGACCGAGUUCAAGCUCAACGCCUACGCAGAUAAAGGCGUUGCCAUGGCGGCGGUGCAUCACAUCCGUUACCGGGGAGGAAACACCAAGACAGGUGAAGCUCUGAAGCACACCUACGAGAAGGCCUUCUCUGUGGAGAACGGCAUGAGGAGGAACGUGCCAAAGGUGGUGGUGGCCAUCACCGACGGACGUUCUCAGGACGAGGUGAAGAAGAACGCUGCCAAGCUGCAGCACGCAGGCUACAGCGUCUUUGCCAUCGGCGUGGCUGAUGUGGACUUCGUGGAGCUGCAGGAGAUCGGCAGCAAGCCCAGCGACCGCCACGUCUUCGUGGUGGACGACUUCGACGCCUUCGACACCAUCAAGGAGAACCUGAUCACCUUCAUCUGCGAAGCUUCCACCUCAUCCUGUCCUCUGAUCUACCUCAACGGCUUCACCUCGCCCGGCUUCAGGAUGCUGGAGGCCUUCAACCUGACGGAGAAGACCUACAGCUCCGUCCCAGGGGUCUCCAUGGAACCGGGUUCCUUCAACAGCUACACCGCCUACAGGCUGCACAAGGACGCCUACCUGAGCCAGGCCAGCACAGAGAUCCACCCAGACGGUCUUCCUGUGGCCUACACCAUCAUCCUGAUGUUCCGCCUGCUGCCCGACUCGCCCUCACAGCCCUUUGACAUCUGGCAGGUGUCCAGCCAGGACCACAAGCCGGAGACCGGCGUCACCGUCGACGGUUCUGCUCAGACCAUCUCGUUCUACAACAAGGACGAAACCGGAGAGAUCCAGAGAGUCACGUUCGACGACAGCCUGGUGAAGAAGAUCUUCCACGGGAGCUUCCACAAGCUGCACAUCCUGGUUUCCUCCACCAGCGUCAAACUGAAGGUGGACUGCCAGGAGGUGGCCGAGAAGAAGGUCAAGGCUGCUGGCAACACGUCCAGAGACGGCUACCAGGUUCUGGGCAAGAUGUCCAAGUCCAUCGGCGCCAAGGGCCAGUCUGCAACGUUCCAGCUCCAGAUGUUCGACAUGAUCUGCAGCUUGGCCUGGACCAGCCGCGACAGAUGCUGCGACCUGCCCUCCAUGAGAGACGAGCUGAAGUGCCCCUCCCUGCCCAACGCCUGCACCUGCACCUCCGAGGCCACCGGCCAGCCGGGCCCCCAGGGGCCAGUGGGUGCUCCCGGCAGCAAAGGUCCACGAGGUGAACGAGGCGAGCCUGGUUCUCCGGGGCCGGCGGGUCCACAGGGAACCAACGGACCACCCGGGCCCAUGGGUCUGCCCGGACCUCAGGGUCCCAGCGGGAUGUCCAUCCCAGGAGAGGCUGGCCGUCCUGGACCGAAGGGAGACCCCGGUGACUCCGGCCUGCCGGGACAGAAAGGUUCUCCAGGAGCUCCUGGUCCCGUCGGACCCAUGGGACCCGCUGGAGUGAGGGGACCUUCAGGGAAGGAAGGACCAACCGGACCCAGAGGACCACCAGGACCCAUGGGACCUCCAGGAUCUCCAGGAGUACCAGGACCUACAGGGAAGCCUGGAAACCCCGGAGACAUAGGACCUCACGGAGCCACUGGUCCCAAAGGAGACAGAGGAGAGAGGGGCGACUUCGCUCCUCAGAACAUGAUGCGGUCCAUCGCCAGACAGGUCUGCUCGCAGCUCGUUAGCGACCAAAUGAGUCGGGUCAACACGAUGCUGAACCAGAUCCCCAACGGCAACUACCGCAGCAGCAACAACCCGGGCCCCCCGGGGCCCGCCGGACCCCCCGGCAGGCAGGGACCCCGCGGAGAGCCGGGCCCCGGAGGGAGGAACGGAUUCCCUGGAAGUCCGGGUCAACCCGGCCAGCAGGGAGAGAGAGGUCCUGCAGGAGAAAAGGGCGACCGAGGAGUUCCAGGAGUCGGACAGAAAGGACCCAGAGGGCCUCCAGGUCCUCCAGGAGAGAGCAGAACUGGACCCCAAGGCCCCCCAGGCUCUUCCGGACCUCGCGGUCCCCCCGGACGACCCGGCUACGCCGGGGUCCGCGGCCCUCCGGGGCCUCCUGGGUACUGCGACUCGUCUCAGUGUGUCGGUAUUCCUUACAACGGUCAGGGAUACGUAGGUUCAUCAUAACUAGACUAGUAAUGCCGCCUGUGCUGCUUUCACUGACUUCCUGAACAAAGCAAACACUUUAAUAGAGCCGCUUAAAGGAAAAACCGCCACGGAAACUCUUAACCAGCACCGAGGGGAGCCGUACUAACAGCAGCGGCGCUGACCAACAGCGGAGGAGCAUGAGCAGCAGCCGUACUAACACAGGUGGAUUAGCAGAGACGGGACGUGGAACUAAACUCCUGAACGUCUUUAACACCUGUAACCUGCCAUCGCUCCUCUGGGACCCCGGAGGGUCCGACGCCCGCCUUCACCCUCACAACCUCUCCUCCUUCUCCCUGUUUCUUCUGGCUUUCUGUUGAUAACUGGACUCUGUGUGAUCAGGUCACCUGACUAACACCUGGAGGGCGUGGCCUCUGCAUCUGACAGCUGAUUGGCUGGAGGUAUGAGUUCUCAGCAAACGUUGCUCCAGAUGUUCUGUUAGCUCUUCAGAACAUCCAGAGGUAGGACAUCUGCCCAAACUUCAGCCAUCGGCCAACGGACAGAACUGUUCUGGUACCGCGUUUGGGUCAGCGAGCAGAACUGUUCUGGUACCGCCUUUGGGUCAGCGAGCAGAACUGUUCUGGUACCACCUUUGGGUCAGCGAGCAGAACUGCUUCAGGUGAGCGGGUCGGUCCAGAACCUCCCGAUCUCCUCUGAGGUCCAGUUAAUGGCUGGAAGAGCUCAGUCCUUCGUCCCGGUGUGGGUAAACAUCUUGGUGCCGACCCAGUCCAAAGGUCCUGGAAGUAAAACACCCCGACAGAACCGAGCUGCUGCCUUCUGGACCAACAGCCCACAUUGUUCUGCUCAGUAACAGGAGAAUGUUGUAGCCAUCCAGAAUUUUACCCGAGAGCAACAGAACCGGGAUGCGUUAUCUGGCAGGUGCCAAAGCAACCUACAGUCAGUCAGAACCACACGAUCCGACCCAGGUGCCACCUGUCCUUGCAGAUCCAACCAUUUCUGUCCCUGAUGUGGACCAGCUUUGACCCGGUUUGGGUCCUGCUGGGAUCUGAACCUUGUUCCUGUCUAGAGACUCUGCAUGUCGACACAAUCUGGAUUCAAACUAGACAACAGGAUAGUUUCAGUUUAAGAUUCAAAUGAUGUUUGAGAUUUAACAGCAGAACCUGAGCUGAGACUCUGGAGGCCGGACAGAACCUGAACAGAACCUGAACAGAACAUAAGAGAUCUGAGCUCUUCCCCCUGUAGCUGCUGAGCAAUCAUACCGUCCAGUUAGUCCAGCUGUCACAUGCAGUGGCCACGCCCCUGCCUACAUGUGGUCACGCCCAUUUAUAUGUGACCACGCCCAUUCUAUGCAUGGUCACACCCACUCUGUGUGUGUCCACACACAUUUUGUGUGACCACGCCCAUUCUAUGUGUGGCCACGCCCACUUAACGUGUGGCCGCGCCCAUUCUAUGUGUGGCCACGCCCACUCCACGCGUGGCCGCACCCAUUCUAUGUGUGGUCACGCCCACUCCACGCGUGGUCACGCCCCCUGCUGUCGACUAACACCUGUUCCCGUCUCACUAACGUCAGCUCUGCGUGCUGCAUGCUCAGAAAGUCUGAAUGUUUGUCCUCGUUAAACUCAAACGAGCCUCUCCGAGCAGGAACCCGGGUCGUCCCCGCCCCCCAGGAGAACCAGCUGCUGCAGAACCAGCGCCGGAAGAGGUCGCUGGCAAGAAAGUCGUCCGACAGGCUGACAUCAUAAGAGCGACUGUUUGUUUCUGGAGGGUUUGAAACCUUGAAAUGCCUGAAAGUGUUUGUGAAUAUUAGUUAGUGUGGCGGGUGACGGGACUGGGAGAAGCGAGUGUUUGGCCCAAUUCUUAAAAACAAGGAAGAAAAUCUGCUAAGGACCAAUAAAAACCUGUGAGCUUGUUGUUUUCCUGCCUGUAACAUAUUUGCAUUGAGUUUUUUUUUCAAAGCGCAGCAGAGAAAUAUUCUGAUGAGCUUCAGGUUAAUUAUAACACGGCUUUCAUGUGUAUCUUAGUAUUUAUCAGUUUGCCUUUAUUCUGUCACCGCUCAUGUUAGCAGCCGUGGAAUCACAUGUCUGGGCUUUGGGUUCAUGUUGUUCCUGCAUUUCAUCGGGUUUAAUCAGAACUUUUGAGAUGCAGCAUCAUUUUCAUUGUUUUAACUGCAGAUUGUGAAUUCCACAGCCGUAUUUUCUUAUUUAUUUCUGAAAACAGAAGAGGCAUUUUUCAAUAAAACUACUGAAAAUCUCA